AAACUUGUAAGGUCUGUAGUAGUGACAUGGGGUUUAAAUUGAGUUGAAUGAGCCGAGUCAUCGCAGCAAAUCUAGUCACUUUCACUCAUAAGUUUUUUGCCUCCUCUCUUAAGAUUUUUAAAAGUCUUACCAGCAGCACUCCACUUCUGUUGGAUUUCUAAUUAAACUACUUCACCUCUGAGGACAGCUGGAGGCUAUCACUCGCACAUUAGCUUUUUACCUGUUUUUCACCUGAUCACUGACACACCCAAUCUGCUGAAUCCUCUGGAUUGAUUGCUGCCAACUCAGGCUGUGGCGCGGCUGCUUUUCUCCUCUUAAUCAGGAGUGCUGAGACCUUUUACUCAGAAGGCAAGCCACCAACAUGUUGCGAGAGGCUAUCUCAAGUGUUGUAAAAUUCCAUGGUUAUCUACAAUCUAGAACUGAUGCCAGAGUGAGAGACUACCCUCUGAUGCAGAGCCCCAUCCAAAUGACCACCAUCCUGUUGAGCUACAUUGUGUUUUCAUCAUUUAUUGGACCUCGCCUGAUGGCAAACCGCAAACCAUUUCUCCUCAACAGAGCCAUGGUCAUCUACAACCUUUGCAUGGUCCUACUGAAUGCCUACAUUGUUUAUGAGUUCAUGAUGUCUGGAUGGGCUACCACCUACACAUGGAGAUGUGACCUCAUUGAUCGCACCAGCAGCCCACAGGCUCUUAGGAUGAUUCGAGUGGCUUGGAUGUUUUAUUUCUCAAAAUUCAUUGAACUUCUUGAUACGGUAUUCUUUGUGCUGAGAAAGAAGCAAAGUCAGAUCACAUUUCUCCAUGUCUUUCAUCACUCCUUCAUGCCCUGGACAUGGUGGUGGGGCGUCACCCUGACACCUGCUGGUGGAAUGGGCUCCUUUCAUGCUAUGGUGAACGCAGGAGUGCAUGUUAUCAUGUACUCCUACUACGGGCUCUCAGCUGCAGGACCUCGCUUCCAGAAGUAUCUGUGGUGGAAGAAGUACAUGACUGCCAUCCAGCUUACACAGUUUGUUUUGGUCUCCGUUCACAUCAGCCAGUACUACUUCAUGGACAAGUGUGACUAUCAAGUCCCCUUAUGGAUCCACCUGAUUUGGAUGUACGGUGUCUUAUUCUUCCUCCUCUUCUCCCACUUUUGGGUCCAGGCCUACAUGAAGGGAAACCGGUUUCCUCUCAAAGACCAUAAGUCAAAACAAAAUGGCUCAACCAGUGAAUCUGUUGCUGUGGUAGCAAAUGGUAAACACCAUGAAAAUGGAUACACUCAUGAAAAUACAAAUGGCAAAAUCAUCUUGGGCAAAGUGAAGAAAGUCUAACUUUAUGGCUCCAGAAAUGAGCAUAGACAGUUUGUUAAUAUUUCCACGUUGAAUGUGCCACUCAUCAUUCAUGUUUAGUAGCAUAUUUGACUAGCAGAGAGCUCAAUAUGCUGCUUCUAAACUACAGAAUUUGUAUGCAAGUCUAGUCUUCUGUUUAAUAUUGACGCCAAGGGGAUAUGAAUGGCAUAUUUUUUUGCCAGUGAUCUCUGCUUGCGACACUAUAUAAUGUUCCAUAAACCGUUAACUGUGAUGAACACUAUAUGAACUGGUGCUCAUUUUCACUGAUAGUAUUCUUCUGAACGGGUUUAACCUGCAGCACUGUUUGGCUUUUAUAGCCUUCAUUGCUUGGCAGUAUGGCACUGUUUCCACUGAGGACUAGUACAUGUAAAUAGUAGCUAUGAAGUUAAUUUUACCCACCCAAGAAGAGAGUAAGGAAAAAAAAAGUCUUCAUUGUACAUGUCUUUUUUUUUUUUUUUUUUUAUUUAUCUUUGAAAAUAAAACAUUUAAAGGUCUGUGUCAUUUGGAAAUUAGUGGUGUGAGCAGCAUGUUACACCUGUUUUGAGAAUUGUGGAAAUGUUAUACUGUAUAUUACAGUAAUAUUUGUGGCAAUACUGUUAGAAACACUGCCAUACUUUUUUCAAGAUUUGUGACGGUUUCUCAUUAAUUUAAUAAAGUUUAACAGACUAAAAUACCUGUGCAGAUGGCUGUUGUAACAAGAAGCAUUGGAAAAUCCAGUGUUAACUGGAUUGUUAUAGUUCAAUGAAUGUAAGUGGCAAGUUUAAGCUACCCAGUGGGAUUUGUUUUAAUGCCCCUUUAUUUCUAACCAGCUGUAGUCAGUGCUACUCUUGCAGCUCCAGUCUGUAAGCUUGUGUUCAGAGCCAUCUAGUGGCAGUGCACAUUAGUGCACAAUGACACAUUGGAUGCAAAUUACUGGUUUUGACAC